ACGACAUAGUGCAGGGCACUUAUAAAACAGUUUCUAAACUAUAGCCUCUAAUACAGUCUCUCCUUCCUUCUGUCCUUACGCAAUGCUAGCCUUCACGUUACUCAUUUCGCUCAGCCUUGUUGUCUCCACUCAAGGCCAGACAUACACCGCGACUUACCUCCCAUCUGAUGCCCCGGACCACACUCAGGACGGGCAGUAUGGAACAAACCAGUGCGGCACUGAUUCUAGUCAGACGUCGUUAUGUCAAAACGCAUAUAUAAAUUCGGUAGACGACUUCUGCCUCUUCGCGCCGCCCUACUCAGGAUCCAACGCGACGAUUGGUGACACAGAGCGCAUUGAAGUCUCAUGGUGUCUCAAGGACGGCUAUGGCACGCGCGUCAUUCCUGACGGCAGCAUUAGCGGCGCGCACUUCGUGCAGACGCCAGACUACGUCCAGAUCACCGGUGUGGGCGACCUCACGCGCCUGAAUAUCCCCGCUGGGGAUACUGGUGGCGAGCUUGAUCCUCACGGUGCAGACGGCAAUGGCAAUCCUAUCGGAGGGCUUGUCUUCUCGAAUGCGUUCGGCGAGCUCGAGCAGCUGCACGAAUGGACGAACUUCAUGUCGGAUACUGAGUUCUGCUUUCGCGCCUGCAAGGCUGGUCCGGACGCAACUGCGUUCUGCCAGCAUAUCUACGACGUCAUGGGCUGUGCGUGGAACAUGCCUGCGAACUACGAUGCGGGGGUCUUUGAACGAUGCAUGGGCGAUUCUGGCGAGCCUAUGGGUGUAUACGGGACGUCGACGUUCAAGCAGGGUCAUCCCCCCACACCGACUCCUCAUCCAGAGCCGUCUUCAUCGCUCUGCACAACAUUGUCUACUGUAGGCAAUGGUCUACUCGUACGUAGCAUCCCGACAGCGUCGAGCAACAUGUCAGCAACCCCAACCCUGACAACAGCCUUCGGAUCCGCGGCCAUGUCUGCCACAGCGCGGCCGACCUCCAGCCCGACCGACAUGUCACAGAGCACUACACCUACAGGUAUCACAAGAAAUACUCACUCGGGCACUCGGCCCAGUGUUCGUGUCGCUGCUGGCUGGCACAUCCCCGCAGUUCUCGGCGCCCUCGUUCUCAGCGUGUUCUUGUGUUCUUGA